AUGAGUCCUUCAAGGUUAGAAAGGUUACUAUCAUAUCAUAUACGGCAUCUAUUACCUCACGUUUUAUCGCAUCGUAAUUUAUACAAGUUAUCAUAUAUAUUUGCAUUAUUAACAGCUGUCACCUCUGGCUUUAUAUCAUUAAUUUCUUUAUUUUCUGCGCCAUGGCAAUAUCAUCUAGGUUAUACAUCAAAACAGAUCAAUAUAAUUGCCAGUUGGACCAUGUUAGGGAUGUAUUUGACUCCACCUGUUUUGGGUAUCAUGGCUGAUAUUCAUGGUCCUAUCACAUUAUCAUGGCUAUCAUUAUUUUUAUUCGUACCUUCAUAUGCAUAUCUUUCAUAUUCAUUUAAUCAAGCUAAUAAUAAUAUUACAUUUUUAUUCACUGUUAUAAGUUUUAUUAAUAUCGGUAUUGCUACAAGUGCAUUAUAUUUUUGCUCAUUAAUUACAUGUGCUAAAUUAUACCCACAAAGGAAGUUAUUAAGUAUUAGUUUACCUACAACAUGUUACGGUAUUUCAUCUUUAAUCGGAUCACAAUUUUUAAGAUGGAAAUGGUUUUUCACAAAGCAAAAUUAUUUGGAUCUUGCAAGAGUGUUUAAAUGUUUCAGUUGGAUUUAUUUGGUUGUUUGUAUAUUAAGUUGGGUUGCCACAAGUUUUAUUACUUUGUUGAGUAUCAUUGAAGAGAAAGAACGAUUAUCCAACGAUUCAAGUGAUAAUAUUAAUACUACUGGAUCUAGUAGUACCAAUAAUUUUAUUAAUGAUACCGAAACUGAAACUGAAAAUGAAAACGAUAUCAGUGAAACAACACUAUUAAUCCCCGUUCAAACAAAGGAAGAAAAUCAAAAAUAUAUCCGUAUAUUUUUAAGUGACCCAACCUCUUAUCUAUUAGCCAUUUCGAUGUUCUUAUCGCUGGGUCCAUUAGAAAUGUUUGUUACUGAUAUGGGAUCCUUAACAGAAGUUUUAUUAAAUGGUAGAGAUAAUCCAACAUUAAGUGCUGAAUUGUUAUCAUUAUAUUCAUUCGUUUCAACAGCAGUCAGAUUAUCCACAGGUGUCUUGACCGAUUAUUUAAUUAAGAUUAAAAAAUCACCUAAGUGGAUUCUAAUUAACUAUCUGAUUUUGGCAUUAAUUUCACAAUUGUAUAUUCUAACGUUGACAAGUGGUGGUAAUAGACAUAAAAUUAGUGACUCUAAGAUCCUUCUCAUGGGUGGUUUAAUGGGUGCUGUAUAUGGUGGUAUGUUUACCAUAUACCCUACUAUUGUUUUACUAAGGUACGGACAAGACCAUUUCGGUACUGUCUACGGGUCACUAAUGACCUCUCCAGCAUUAGGUUCAGCAUUCGCCUGCAUGUUGUACGCCCAGAUUUACGACUCCAACUGUAAGACUAGCAGCUUGAAUGACAUUGCUAAUGUCAUUUCAAGUUCUAAUUGCAUAGGCAACGUCUACCGGAUAAGUUCUCUCCAAAUUCUUAUUUCAUUGCUAGUUACAAUACGGGUGCUCCACUGCUGGGGACCCAAGAAGAUAUAA